CUCAUCGCUUAGAUUUAAAUACCCUAUGAAUCCAGAGUUGUCAGAUAUGUGCAUAUAUCUUCGUAUUCUGCCUCACUUUUCCACUAAACAACACUAAAAGCUUCAUUCAUAGAAUAACCGAAAACCAUGCAAGUAGUAGAGGACGUUGUGAUUGUAGGAGCUGGAAUUUCUGGCCUCACAACCGCCCUGGGACUUCACAGGCUGGGCAUUAAGAGCUUAGUGCUGGAAUCGUUUGAUAGCUUGAGGAUAACAGGGUUUGCACUCACAACAUGGACUAAUGCGUGGAAGGCUUUGGAUGCCAUUGGUGUUGGCGAUUAUUUACGGCAGCAACACCUGACUCUUCUUGGGAAUGUGGUUUCCUCGAGAAUUUCAGGGCUUCAGACGUUUGAGAUGUCAUUUAAGGAGAAAGGAAAACAUGGAGACCAUGAAAAUCGUUGUGUGAAAAGGAAGUUGCUGUUGGAAGCCCUUGCAAGUGAACUUCCUAGUGGCACCAUUAGGUUCUCUUCAAAGGUUGUUUCCAUUGAGGAAUCAGGCUACUUUAAGCUGGUGCAUCUUGCUGACGGAACCAUCCUCAAAGCCAAGGUUUUGGUUGGAUGUGAUGGAGUAAACUCAGUGGUUGCAAAAUGGCUUGGCUUCAAGCCGCCGGUCUUUACAGGAAGAUCUGCCCUUCGAGGUAGUGCUGAGUUCAAGAGCAGCCAUGAGUUUGAUCCCAUGUUCAUGCAGUACUUUGGGAACGGUGUUAGAUCUGGUACCAUUCCUUGUGAUGAAAAAAAUGUUUACUGGUUCUUCACUUGGUCUCCCUCCAGCCAAGAGAAAGAGCUAGAGGAAAACCCAGUUCAGUUGAAGCGAUAUAUGUUAAGCAAGCUCGGAAAGGUAUCAGAUGAAGUACGGACUGUUGUGGAAAACACCGAUUUGGAUGCUUUUAUAUCCUCUCCAUUGAGAUAUAGGCAUCCUUGGGAAAUUCUUUGGGGAAAUAUUAGCAAAGGUAAUGUAUGUGUAGCUGGAGACGCGCUCCACCCCAUGACCCCAGACAUUGGACAAGGUGGCUGUGCUGCAUUAGAGGACGGUGUUGUAUUAGCAAGGUGUCUUGGUGAGGCCUUGUUGAAGAAUCGGAGCCAAGAAAUUAGUGAUGAAGGUGAAGAAGGAAAAGUGGAAUAUAAAAUGAUUGAAAGAGGGUUGAAUAAGUAUGCCAGUGUGAGGAGAUGGAGAAGUUUUGAUCUUAUUAGUACAGCUUAUGUGGUUGGUUUUAUACAGGAGGCUGAUGGAAAAAUAAUGACUUUCUUGAGGGACAAGUUUUUCUCUCCAAUCCUGGCCGGGUUGCUGUUGAAGAAGGCUGAUUAUGAUUGUGGUAAGCUCAGAAGCUUUUAACCGCAAUGAGCAAUGAUACAUCCUCUGUAUAAUGUUUAUCAAGAUUGCAAGUAUUAUUAUAUAUGUCAUAGUUGUAAUUCCAAUAAUCCUAUGUAAUAUGAAGAAUAAAUUACUAUUGGAGUGCACUAGGAAAAGUGUUUCUGUAUAAGUUUUGUAUUAUCUCUUAUUAAUUAAAUGGAAGAGUUUAGGAGCUUUAGAACUCAA